GUCACUGUACUCGUACAUCGCGAGCUCAGCCCAGUUGUCGCGAAGUGAAUACCAACGCAACUUUCUCUUCUUUCCUUCCUACACUCCUCGAUACACUCAUUCAAAAUAUUUCCACGCAGCAGUUCGUCGACACCAACUCAUGCCUCCCUCGUGAUCACAACCACAACCACUUAAUCUUAGUACCAGCCGCGAACAACACUGCCAACCAUAAUGUCGUCGAUGCACCUCUCACAACUGCGGAAAUGGAUGUUGGAAUCGCCACCGGUCGAAUGGGGUUUGCAGAGGUUGCGACAGAUUCUUAUUGGUGCUCUACGGCAAGGGCGCAUACCAAAACAUAUUGCAUUUGUGAUGGAUGGGAAUAGAAGAUUUGCCAGAAGUCACCAGAUAGAAACAGUAGAAGGACACAACUUGGGAUUCGAAGCUCUGGCAAGGGUGCGCACUGCUCCCCUCCCUUGCGAACUGCUUGAUACUAAUCGGUCCAACUUAGAUCUUGGAAGUAUGUUACAAAUCCGGCGUCAAGGUAGUCACUGUCUACGCCUUUAGUAUUGAGAACUUCAAACGAUCAAAAUAUGAGGUGGACGCUCUGAUGGAAAUGGCAAAGAUCAAACUCAACCAGCUGUCACAACAUGGCCAACUGCUUGAGAGAUAUGGUGCUUGUAUACGUGUCUUGGGGCAGAGAGAUUUGGUCAAGCCAGAUGUGUUGAAGGCCGUUGAUCGGGCUGUGGAGUUGACAAAAAACAAUGGAGAGUCAGUUGCUCAAAGCCUGCAUAACAUGUCGAUUUCUAACCGAGCUACAGUUGUUUUUUGAAUAUUUGCUUUCCCUAUACCUCCCGGGAGGAAAUCACAACCGCUAUCAAGACCACGGUGGAAGACUAUUCCAAACCUAUGUCUACUCAACCACCGCCAUUUUCUCAAACCACCAUCUCACAAAAGAUUGAAUCAAGGGAUCUCAGCACCUCUCCACUUCGUGCAACUUCUCCCACGCCUUCAAAUACUUCCGAUAUUGAUGGAUCGGUAUCAUCCACUACCACUCUGAACUUAGACUCCCCCAAUGGUGGACGAGAAGGAUCGAUGUAUCCCGACCCAGAAACGAUUACAUCGGAAACGAUUGAGGAUCGUCUCCUCACCGCUGGGGAUCCCCCUCUAGAUUUACUGAUCAGGACCAGCGGCGUGAAGAGGCUAAGUGAUUUUAUGCUUUGGCAGUGUCACGAAGGAACAGAGCUUGUCUUUUUAGAUUGCUUAUGGCCAGACUUUGAUCUUUGGCAGUUUUUGCCAGUGCUUCUGGAGUGGCAGUGGAAACAGAAAUAUAUCGAGGAAAAGGUGCCGACGACGGGCACGGAUAAAGUAAAGCUGCGGUAG